UUGAACUCUGCGGUCACACUGACAACAACACAAGUUGUUUUGUUAAACAUUUCUUAAAAUUUUAGCCUUUUCUGAAAACAUGAGCUCGCCCACGAGUAAAAAUGUUAGCGAAACGAAUGGGAACAAGCCCAAGAAGUCGGGCAAAACGAAUUCGAAUGCCAAAAGCGGAUCCAUGGACACACGCGCUGAAUUGGCGGACCUCAUCAAAAAGAAGGCAGAGACUUCGGAACAACUGGCCAAUCUGGAGCGACAGAUCUACGCAUUCGAGGGGUCCUAUUUGGAGGACACCCAGCUGUGCGGGAACAUCAUCCGCGGCUGGGAGCGCUACCUGACCUCCAACAAGGCCACCAAUUCCAAGGCCGACAAGCGGAAUCGCAAGUUCAAGGAGGCGGAACGCCUCUUCUCCAAGUCCAGCAUUACCUCCAUGGCUAUAUGUAAUCCUGAGCGCGCCAGCGAAUCGGAUUCCAUUACCAAUGAAGACUCCAGCGACAAUCAGAUCUCAAUCAAUCAGAACACAACAACGGCCCACGAUGGAGCCACAACAAUCAAGAGCACACUGAAAGAUGAAAAGGAUUCACCCUCGCAUAGAAAUGAAGGAAGUCUGGUCUCCAGUGCCGGAGUGGUGGCAGGACCUGCAAACAGUGGGGGUGUCAGCUCGGGAAACAAAGAUGUCCUUGGCACGCCCACAUCAAAUACAAAGAGCAAAUUAUCCACCAACUCCAGUGCGACGGCGAAGAAAAGCGGGCACAUAAACAAGAAGAUUCGACAUCGAUGAUGACUGCUGCUUUAGGGUCCGCAUCGAACGACCCACUCCUUAUGUUCAAAGUUUUGAAAUUACAAUUUGUACAAGUAAUAAAACGAAUGUAGAUUUACCA